AAAUUCAGCCAAGAUUGCAUCCUGGAUACGCAGAGGGAUUGAGGCGGAAGGAGGCUGCUGCUGUCAGCCAUGGGGACGGCAAAGAUGAAACGUCUUUGGCCGUUGCUGACGUGGAUACUUCUAUCUUCGUAUCCGGCCGAAUCUCGUAAAGGACUCGGCCAUGGAUCGAAGCGAGAAGUAUUCUUCCUGAACCUCGAGGACGGCUACUUUGGCUGUCAAGUGAACGAGUCGACGGACGUCCUUCAGUUGCUCGAACUUUCAAAGCUCUGUGACCAUCGCGUCGACUGCUACCAAGGCGUGGACGAGCAGCGCAACAAGUUAAAGUGCACAGACGAUUGUACAAAAGAAGACGGCACUAAAUGUCAAAAUGGUGUCUGUCUGGAUUCGGUCUGUCACUGCAACGAUGGAUUCGGAGGAUGUAACUGUCAAGUUCCAGAUGAGAACGAGUGUAAAUAUCGACCCUGUGAUAUAUUUGCCCACUGUACAAAUACUCUUGGCAGUUUUCAAUGUUCCUGCUUUCCCGGAUACCAAGGCGAUGGCUUUCAUUGCGAGGAUAUCAACGAAUGUGACGAUCCAGCGAUUGCUAGGCGUUGCGUCGAGAAUGCCUUGUGUCAAUGCAAAUCUGGCUACAUCGGCAAUGGUGAGGUGCAUUGCGAGGAUGUGAACGAAUGUACGAUACCAGGUGCAUGUGGCGACAAUACUGUGUGCCACAACAUACCUGGUAAUUACACCUGCACGUGUCAAGACGGAUUUACGGGAGACCCGUUCAACAGUUGUAUCGAUAUUGACGAAUGCAAAUACGAGGGUGCUUGCGGAAGAGGUGCGCUAUGCGUGAAUGUACCAGGCGCGCAUAAGUGCGAAUGUCCCGACGGAUACGACGGAAGUCCUGAGGAGGAGUGCAGGGAUGUCGACGAAUGCUUGAGAAGUCCUUGCGGACGUUCCGCUCUAUGUACGAACGUACAUGGUAGCUUCCGAUGUUCUUGUCCCGAUGGAAUGGAUGGUGAUCCGAUGACAGGCUGCCACGACGUGAACGAAUGUGAGCGCAACCCCUGUGGCGAAAACGCUGAGUGCAUCGACACGGUCGGUAGCUUUGCUUGCAGCUGCAAGACGGAUUACACCGGCGAUCCUUUUAAGGAGUGCAGUGACAUCAACGAAUGCACAACUUUGGAAAAUCCUUGUGGAAAAAAUGCGAUUUGCAAAAACGAGGAGCCUGGUUACAACUGCCUUUGUCCACCAGGAUACAGUGCUAGGUCCAGUCCGACAGUUGCAUGCGAUCAGACCGACGUGACGACUCUUUGCAAAUCGAAUUUCGAUUGCGUCAACAAUGCCGAGUGCAUCGAGGGACAAUGUUUCUGUAAAGAUGGCUUCAAAGCCAUCGGUGCUGAAUGCGUGGAUCUAAACGAAUGCCUUACUAAUCCCUGUGGACCUGCGUCGAUUUGCACGAACACUAGAGGAAGCUAUCAUUGUGAGUGCGAGUCUGGAUUUGUUGGCACACCGCCCCAUAUACCGUGCAAAGCACCGUGCGAUGAGGUAACUUGCGGUGAACAUGCCUUCUGUAAGGCCGACGGUCACGAAGCUUAUUGCAUAUGCGAAGAUGGUUGGACCUUCAAUCCAAAUGACAUAGCGGCUGGAUGUGUCGACAUAAACGAAUGCGAUGCGAUAAAUGGACCUUCUGGAAGAUGCGGCAAAAAUGCCAUUUGUACGAAUACACCUGGUGGUUUUAGUUGUCAAUGUAAACUCGGAUACUCAGGAAAUGCCUUCAAGCAAUGUAUAGAUAUUGACGAAUGUACGAAAUCUAACGUUUGCGGUCAUGGAGCAACGUGUACCAAUAUUGAAGGUUCUUACUCUUGCACUUGUCCGGAAGAAACCAUACCAGAUCCUGAUCCUUACAUUAAAUGCGUUGGCAUAGUGAGAUGUGAAAUUGACGAUGAUUGCCCAGGAAACGCUAUUUGUGAUUUACAAAAAAGAUGCUUGUGUCCUGAGCCCAACGUCGGGAAUGAUUGCAGACAUCCAUGCGAAGAUUUAUCUUGUGGACCCAAUGCGCAUUGCAUGCUCUUGAACGACGUGGCGACAUGUCUCUGCAGCAACGGAUACACAGGAAAGCCCGGAAUAAAGGAUGGUUGUCGAGACAUCAACGAGUGCGCGAUAAAUCCAUGUCCUCCGGGCGCAAUCUGUAACAACGAGCCCGGUUCCUUCUCAUGUCAGUGUCCAAGUGGCAUGACGGGCGAUCCUUACAGUGGCGGUUGCCAGGAAUCUAAAACACCUCACGUGUGUGGUCCCAGUGCGCCUUGUCCCGCUGGAGAACAAUGCAUCAAGGAUGAAUUCGUGGGUAGCAGUGUGUGCAUCUGUCAACGUGGUUACACGCGCGAUCACGAGACCGGUAAAUGCAGAGAUAUUAACGAAUGUAUGGAGCUCAGAGAGAAGCCUGCCUGUGGUGUCAACGCAAUUUGUAAGAAUCUCCCUGGCAGUUACGAGUGUCAAUGUCCACCUGGAUUCAACGGAAAUCCCUUCUCACUUUGCGAAGAAUGCAACAGCAUCGAAUGUCAAUGUCAACCUCCGUACAAAAUUGUCAAUGGUAAAUGCAUGCUUGCUGGAUGUUCGAAGGGCGAAAAGUGUCCAAGUGGUGCUGAGUGUAUAACAAUUGCCGGUGGUGUCAGUUAUUGCGCCUGUCCUAAGGGAUACACGACCAAGUCUGAUGGCUCCUGUGAAGAUAUAAAUGAAUGUAUCGUGGGUCACCAAGUCUGUGGCUACGGUGCCGAGUGUAUCAACCUACCAGGUUCUCAUCAAUGCGUAUGUCCACACGGAUACGGUGGCGAUCCAUACAAUGGGCUUUGUUCUCCGGCACAGAAGAGAUGUACCAACGAUCACGAAUGCAAAGCUAAUGAGAAAUGCGUGCAGCCUGGAGAAUGUGUGUGCCCACCGCCGUUCUACACAGAUCCCUUAGAUGGAAAUCUUUGCAAAAAUCCUUGCGAUCGUUUCCCGUGCGGUAUUAACGCAAAAUGCACACCGAGCGAUCCACCGCGAUGCAUGUGCGAGGCUGGUUUCGAAGGUGAUCCGCAGCACGGAUGUAUUGAUGUAAACGAAUGCGCGAACAAUCCUUGUGGACACGGUGCAUAUUGCAUCAACACGAAAGGAGAUCACACGUGCGAGUGUCCUAAAGGUAUGAUUGGCGAUCCUUACGGUGCUGGUUGUACUGGAGCUCCGACCGGCAAAAGCGAGUGUUCGUCAAAUGACGAUUGCGAGAACUAUUUAUCAUGCGUCCAAGGAAAUUGCGUCAAUCCCUGCGAUAACGUACCUUGUGGUCCUAACGCAUAUUGCGAGCCGGAUAAACACGCAGCAUGGUGCAGAUGCGUAAUCGGAUUCACGGAAGGCAAAAAUAACGAAUGCGUUUCACAAUGCGACGGUUUUGUUUGCGGCACUGGGGCUCAAUGUAUCGUUAGUUACGACGGGCCGACGUGUAAGUGUAUCGAAGGUUUCAUGGGCAAUCCUUUCCCUGGUGGACAGUGCGUUCCGGAUGUUUGCUCUCCUGAAAUCCCGUGCGCCGAGCCGAGCGUAUGCAUCAGUGGACGAUGCAAACGGCGCUGCGAAGGGGUGAUUUGCGGCAUCGGAGCCAUGUGCGAUCCUUUAACGAAUAAAUGCGUAUGCAAUCCCUAUUUUGUCGGCAAUCCCGAUCUGCUUUGUAUGCCACCCAUUCAACCACCACAUUGCGAUCCAUUCUGCGGGAAAAAUGCACAUUGCGAGUACGGUCUUCAGGAAUCAAAGUGUGUCUGCAAUCCGGGUACCAGUGGGAAUCCUUAUCACGGCUGUGGUGUUCAAGAAAAGUCCGAUUGUUCUACUGCGGUGUGCGGAAAAGACGCUCAUUGUAACGCGGGUCCUAAUGCUGUCGAAUGUCUUUGCCCAUCUGGUUUCGCUGGCAAUCCAUACAUCCAAUGUUUUGAUAUCAAUGAAUGCAACGGAAACGCAUGCGGAAGUAAUGCGGUGUGCAUCAAUACUCUUGGAAGUUAUGACUGUCGCUGCAAGGAUGGCUUUUUCGGCAAUCCGUUCGUUGGAUGUCAGCAAGUACAAGUGGGACCAUGCUCUGAUCCUUCUACUUGUGUUUGCAGUAACACUGUAUUGUGCCCCUUCGAUUACAUCUGUGUCAAUCAUAAGUGCAUAAAUCAGUGCAGCGACAUAAAAUGCGGUCCCAGAUCCGUUUGUCAGAAUGGAGUGUGCGUAUGUCCGCCUGGUUAUAGCGGCAAUCCCAAUGAUUUGCACAAAGGUUGCCACUUGCACGGUCAUUGCUUGAACGACCUUGAAUGCGAGCCGCAGGAGAUCUGUUUCCAGGUUGGCAAAGGCGUCCGCAAGUGCGUGGAUGCAUGCAGCAAGCUGCAAUGUGGACCGAACGCAUUAUGCAUCACGCAGAAUCAUGUGUCCUCUUGUUUGUGUAUCGAUGGUUAUCAGGGUAAUCCGAGCAAUUUAAUCGAGGGUUGCCAACCGUCCAAAUCCGUAAUUCCCGGAUGUGCACAUGACUCGGAUUGUCCGGUAGGUUCCUUCUGCAUUACUCUGGAUGGCGGCGUGCGCGACUGUGUAAAUCCUUGCAAUAAAGUGGUAUGCGGCGCCUAUCAAAAAUGUGAACCCGACUUGGUCGUACCUGGUCACGCCACUUGCAAGUGUCAGGACGGCUAUGAGUGGAAUCCGGUGCAGUCGUCCUGCGAGAAGCCGUCGGUACCCGAUUGUAUAACUGAUGAUGACUGCCACUCGAGCGAAGGCUGUAGACCGGACGCGCUUGGCGUAUUAAAGUGUGUGUCGCUUUGCGACGGUUUCACUUGUACCGCGAAUUCUCGCUGCGUGAUGGAGAAUCAUCACGGCCGUUGCGACUGUCUACCUGGCUACAUCGGCAAUCCGAAUGAUCGUCGGGGAUGUCACAGCCCGCGCGAAAACCGUUGUUCUACGGAUAGCGAGUGUGCGGAGGAUCAGACAUGUCGUAGCGCUCCAGACGGCCCGCUCGCUUGCCAACUGGUCUGCGACUUUAUCACCUGCGGUCCCAAUGCACUUUGUGUCGUCAAUAACCACGUGGCGAACUGCGAAUGUCCGCCUGGACAGUAUGCCGGCGAUCCGAAUGACUCAACGUCUGGAUGUCGCGCGGUGCCCUGCGUCUACAACAUCGACUGUCCACCGGCCCAACUCUGCAACCGACUUACGCACACUUGUUACGACGCCUGCGAUGAGAAUGCAUGCGGUGUAAACGCGGUUUGCAUAGCGGAAGAUCAUAAAGCGAUCUGCCAAUGUCCGCCUGGGCUUCGCCCGAACCCGGUACCCGACGUCGAGUGCGUCGCCGUGGAGGCAUGUCAUCCGGACUCUUGCCAUCCCACUGCGUUGUGUGUCGCUGGUCCAACGAACAACCCGGUGUGUCAAUGUCCACCGAAUCAUGUCGGCGAUCCUUACGUGAAUGGUUGCCAGCCGGAAGGACAUUGCUCUAGUCCCAAGGAUUGUCCAGUGCAUUCCGUCUGUCAUGAGCAUCGUUGCAUUAAUCCGUGCGAGAAUGCGUGCGGUCCUAACGCAUUCUGCGAGAUCGUAAAUGAUCAGCCGAGUUGCAAGUGUAUUCACAGGUUCGUGCCAUCCUCUAGAGGUCCAGAACACGGCUGCGUGCGGGGUACUAAUUACUGCACAGUUGACGCCCAAUGCGAAGACAGCUACUGUAUUGAUGGACAAUGCAGAGCUGUAUGUCGUUCAGUCGCUGAUUGUUCAGACGGAGAGAAAUGUAUUAACAACAAGUGUAUGGUGUCAUGCAUUGCGCAUUCUCAGUGCCUAGUAGAUCAUGCAUGUGUAAGUGGAGGGUGCAUCCUCGGCUGCCGCAGUAAUAAAAAUUGCCCGACUAUCGAAUCGUGUAUCAACAAUAAAUGUCAAGAUCCUUGCAGUAGAAAAGAUGUGUGUGGACCAAAUGCGAUCUGCAGUUGCACUAAUCACGCGAUCACAUGCACAUGUCCUCUCGGUUUCCAUGGUAAUCCUACUCCAGAACAAGGUUGCGUUCGAGUACCAAACGUAUGCCAAACUCCCCAAGAUUGUCCCAGCCAGCAUCUGUGUGUUUCGGGAUUAUGCCAGUGUCAAUGUUCGGAACAGAACAAUUGCGCGCAAGGCGAGCGCUGUAAGAAUGGCAUUUGCGUGAAGAUAUGUUACGGCGACAGUAAUUGUCUGCCCGGCGAAUUGUGUAUUGAUGGAGCGUGCGAGGCGGGCUGUACCUCCGAUGUCGGUUGUAAACGCGACGAAGUAUGCAUUAACAGCAAGUGCAGAUGCAGCCACGGAUUUAUUGCCGGUCCCGAACAUUGCCUGGACAUCAACGAGUGUGAUGAUCAACCAUGUCAUCCAAGUGCUGAGUGCAUCAAUCUUCAUGGAUCUUACCGUUGCACGUGUCCUUCAGGUACCGCGGGCGAUCCUAUAGGAUUGGGUUGUGUGCUGCCGCAUCACUGCACCACGCACAAGGACUGUUCUGAUACUCAAGCCUGCGUUCAACACAACUGUUCAGAUCCGUGCUCUUUUGUCGAUUGCGGUUUAAAUACUAUUUGUUCCGUUCUGGAUCAUGCUGCUGGUUGUCAAUGCCAGCCUGGUUACAUUGGCGAUGCCUCAGGGUGCUUUAAAGUAGAGUGCCUUUCUAACAGUGACUGUCCAACGGAUAAAUAUUGCAACCAAGAGACCAAUAAAUGUAGCAGUCCUUGCAAUCAAGUAAACUGUGGAUAUGGUAAUUGCCUAGCUAUCGAUCACGUCAGCGUGUGUAAAUGCUAUUCUGGCUUUGUUCUUGUCGGCGACAUCUGCGCUGACGUUAACGAAUGUUUGCAAAAUCCUUGCCAUUCCUCAGCUAUAUGUCAAAAUGCGGAGGGAUCGUUCGCCUGUGUUUGUCCGCAUGGUUUAGUAGGGGAUCCAUUCAAAACGGGUUGUAAACAACCAGGUGAUUGUUUCACGGAUUCGGAUUGUCCAAAUUCAGCCGCUUGUAUUGAUAACAGAUGCACUAAUCCAUGCGAUGCAUCGGGCAUUUGCGGUAGAAAUGCAGAAUGCCUCGCACAUGAUCAUGUUCCGAUUUGUAAAUGUCCUGGACAAACUACAGGAAAUCCGGCAACGGAAUGUAUUCAUCUGGAGUGCAACUAUCACAGUGACUGCAGUCCAUCAGAUGCAUGCUUCGAUCAUAAGUGCGUUGAUCCUUGCUCUCUUUCGAACGUUUGCGGACAUGGUGCUGAUUGUUCAUCGCUUAAUCAUAGCGCGGUAUGCACUUGUCAACCUGGCGGCACAGGCGAUCCGAAUCUUGGGUGCACUCCGCUUCAAUAUUGCAAAAGUGAUUCACAGUGUGCAACCGGUUCAGUAUGUAACGGAGGGAUAUGCACAGCCCUUUGUGGAAGUACAAGAGAUUGCAUUGGCGAUCAACUCUGUAUUAAUGGUCUUUGUCAGCCUACCUGCAGAAGUAAUUCUAGCUGCCCAGAAUAUCAAUACUGCCAUAACAAUAUAUGUGUUCAAGAAUUACGUUGUACGUCAGACAAUGAUUGCUCAUAUGACGAAAAAUGUAUUAAGAAUAAUAUUGGACAGGCGGAGUGUCGUAGAGCUUGCGAUGUAAUACUCUGCGGCCGUAACGCCGAAUGCAAAGCUGAUGAUCAUGCCGCGACGUGUUCCUGUAAGCAUGGCUUCUUCGGAAACGCUAAAGACGACAAAAUUGGUUGUCAACCUAUUGAAUGUGAAGUUAACGAUGACUGUACACAGGAGAAGAUCUGUGAUUCUCACAGAUGCAGAAUCGCUUGUCUUGCACAUAAUCCCUGUGGCGUGAAUGCUAUUUGUACAACAGAGAAACAUGUUCAGGUUUGUACAUGCCAACCUGGAUAUACAGGAGAACCCACUCAUGCUUGCAAGCUGAUAGAUUACUGCGCGAAUGCACCCUGUGCACCAGGCGCAUUGUGUGAAAACACACGAGGACAUUUCAAGUGUCAUUGUCAACCUGGUACAGUCGGAGAUGCUUACAAUAGCGGCUGCCAACCGCCAGUAGAAUGUCUUCAGGACGUGGACUGUCCAUUAACUGCCAAAUGUGUCAACAUCAAUAAUGUACCAAAAUGUUUUGAUACUUGCGCACGUAUUCGGUGUGGUCCAAAUGCAGAUUGUGUUGCGAGCAAUCAUGCCGCAAGUUGUCAGUGUCGUGCCGAUUACGAAGGCGAUCCUAAUAAUCUGAGCGUGGGAUGUCGUCCGAGACCAGUAGUUUGCUCGUCACAAAUCGAUUGUUUGGUCAAUACUUAUUGUUAUGAAGGCAUUUGUCGACCAUCUUGUCAAUCGGAUGAGGAAUGUAACUUGUCCGAUAUUUGCUUGAACGGGCAAUGCUUAGAUCCGUGCGAUGUAAGAGGAACAUGUGGCAUAAAUGCCGAAUGCAAAGUGAGAAGUCAUAUUAAACAGUGCAGCUGUCCAUCAGGUUUUACCGGCAACUCCGAAGUAGAAUGCGUAAGAUUACCAGUGUCAUGUCUCGGAAGUGGAGAUUGCAACGGAGACAACACCUGUCGCGAGAACGUUUGUUUGCCGAUCUGCACUGUUGACAAUGAUUGCGCAUUGAAUGAGAAAUGCAUACGCGGCAAUUGCUUGUUGACUUGCCGGUUGGACAAUGAUUGCUUCUUGGGUCACGUCUGUCUGAACAACAUGUGUUCGUUUGGUUGUCGUGCGGAUGAAGACUGCAAUGCGAAUGAGGCUUGUUUAGAAAACAAAUGCGUAAAUCCAUGUGAAGCUACGCCAUGCGGACCAAACGCCAAGUGUACCGUUUUCAAUCAGCGUGCUACGUGUUCCUGUUCUACCGGUUUCAUACCAAAUCCAACUGCCAAAGUCGCAUGUUUGCGAACACCAGGCCCAAUAUGUCAGGCCAAUCGGGAUUGCGUCGUGGGUACAGCUUGCAUCGCUGGCGUUUGCACACCUGUCUGUUCAUCCAGCGCGAACUGCUUGAGCAAUGAGAGAUGCGACAACUCUGGCAUUUGCAAGUCACUUUGCAGACGGGACGAAGAUUGUAGAAGCGGCGAGAUUUGCGAAGGAUUAGUAUGUAUUUCCGGUUGCCGAGCGGACAUUGAAUGCCAGGAUAGUUACGAGUGUAUAAACAAUCAGUGUAUUGAUUCGUGCUCAUUGACUAGCGCCUGCGGUGUAAACGCGAAAUGUACAAUCGUUAAUCAUCAAAAGAUAUGCACGUGUCCAUCGCCGUUGGUAGGAGAUGCUCAUAUUGGUUGCAAGCAGACGUUCCUUCCUUGCUCAUCUGAACUUGAAUGUUUACCAGGACAAACGUGUUACGGUAGAUCGUGCUAUUCCACAUGCAGAAGCGAUGCGAAUUGUUUGAGCGACGAACGUUGUGACGGUAGUAUUUGCAAAGCGAUAUGCAACAGCGAUGAUCAUUGUCUCGCAAAUCAAAUAUGUCACAAUCGCAUGUGUGACAUUGGAUGUCGCAGUGAUAACACGUGUCCGAGCGAUGAGUCUUGUAUCAAUAAUCAAUGCAGAAAUCCAUGCGAUGGUGGCAAAGCGUGCGGAGAGUGUGCCGGUUGUCGAGUAGUCAAUCACGUGGCUCAAUGCAGUUGUCCCGCAAAUUAUUAUGGUAAUGCGCUAAUUAAUUGUGCCAAGACCAUGACUCCCUGCGACGGCUCGUGUGAGUGCGACGAAAUUGGCUUUUGCACCACCAACUGCCACCAUCAGAAUGAUUGUUCUUGCGGCGAAGUCUGUCAUAGCAGUAAAUGUCGCAUCAAGUGCGACAUCAACAAUGCGUGUCCAAAGGGAUACGUAUGCGAUGGAGGUUUAUGCCUCAUUGGCUGUCGCACUCAUUCCGACUGUCCGUCGUCAUUGUCAUGCACAAAUGGCCAGUGUGAGAAUCCAUGUUCCGCCCAGGGAUCGCCUUGUGGAAUAAAUGCACUUUGCCGUGUUUCGAGCCAUCGAGCGGUGUGCUUAUGUCCAGAAGGCUAUCAAGGUGAACCGAGUCAGGAGUGUUACCAACUGGAGUGUCAUCACGAUGACGAUUGCGAGCUAAACAAACAUUGCAGCGAAUACGGUGUUUGCACAAAUCCGUGCUUACAGCAUGGCGUCUGUGGCUUCAAUGCGCAAUGUCGUGUGAUCAACAGGAAGGCACAAUGUUCUUGUCCGCCAGGACACUUUGGCAAUCCGAAGAUCAAUUGCAAGAAAGGUGGAGAUGAAUGCUUACGAAGACCUUGCGGUAUUAACGCUAAAUGCCGAGAAACUCUAAAUGGUUUCGAGUGCACAUGUGAUCCGGGAUGCCAUGGUGACCCACAUCAAGUGUGUUUCUGCGACGGCGAUCUUUGCAAAGACACUCGUUGUGGUAUCAAUGCAGCCUGUCGAAUUUAUAAGAAUCAGCCACAGUGCUAUUGUCCACCGAAUAAUCCAUCAGGCGAUCCAAUGCAUGCAUGUAGCUCAGAUAGAGAUUUAGGAGACUGUCGAACGAAUGGGUGCGGGAAGAACGCCGAAUGUAUUAGAGAUGGAGCUAUAUUCGUUUGCCGAUGUCCACCAGGUACAAGCGGUUCGCCAGAUAUUGAAUGCACAACAGAGCGCGAAUGCACCAGCGACUUAGAGUGUCCCAAUGAAAAAGCCUGCAUAAAUCUACAAUGUCUGGACCCGUGUGCGCUACGCGGUGCCUGUGGGAUCAAUGCCCUGUGCCGAGUGGUUCUGCACAAGCCGCGUUGCUCAUGCCCGCAGUGUUAUAUCGGCAUGCCCCACACGGCCUGCCAUCCAGAUUCUAAAUGCGACACGCUCAAUCCCAAACCUACGCCGAGCAUCGGUUGUUCCUCUGACUACGACUGUCCGGAGAGUCUCUCCUGCCACUCGCAGACAGGCGAGUGCCGCGACCCGUGUUUGAGUUCUCGGUAUACCUGCGAGGUCAACAAGAGAUGUCAGGUGCGGAAUCACAAACCUAUGUGUGUUUGCAAAUACGGCUUCGUAGUCAACGAAAUCGGGGAAUUGACCUGCGCUCCUGACACGCUUACCUGCUCGAGAGACUUCGAUUGUCCUUCGAACACUGCGUGCGUCAAUGGGAAAUGUCAAAAUCCCUGUAAUGUAAGAAACAAAAGACCGUGUCCAGCCGAUAAAACCUGCGAUGUCCUGGACCACCGUCCCGUGUGCAUUUGCACUAAAAACUGCAAUCCCUCCCUCUCCAUUUGCCUGCGAGACAGUGGCUGCUCUCCAGAUUUGGCGUGCCGUAACUAUCGCUGCGUGGACCCAUGCAGAAACUCUACCUGUCCGGCUGAUGCCCCCUGUUACGUGGAGGAGCACAAGCCUAUCUGCAAGUUCUGUCCCCCCGGCUUUGUGCCAGAUACUAAAUACGGAUGCAUGAAAGACGUGAAAUGUACAACGCACAACGACUGUCCCAUCCAAUUGGCUUGUGUAAAUCAUCAAUGCGUAAAUCCAUGCACUUUGGGUAAUCCGUGCGACUUCAUCGAAGCUUGCCAUGUUCAAUAUCAUAGACCGGUUUGCGUUAAAGUGGAGUCCAACGAGACAGAGUGUCCUUAUUGUCUACCUGGUAUGCAAUGCGAUCCAUCGACAAACACUUGCAUCAAAGCGGGUUGCACUAGCAACAAGGAUUGCCCUCUGACAGAAGCGUGUAUUGGGCACGCUUGCCAGGAACCCUGCCUAGUUCGAAAUCCUUGUGCGGAACAUGCUGUUUGUAUUAAUACAAAUCACAAAGCAGAUUGUAGUUGUGAAGAAGGCUAUCACGGAAAUGGAUUCUCUUAUUGCGAUUUGUUGGAAGAAAUGAAAAAUAUUUGUCAAUAUAACGAAGACUGUCCUCCGAACAAAUACUGCGAUCGCCUUAACAGACAGUGCAUCAAUCCUUGCGUCGAGUUUGAUUGUGGAGAUAAUGCGAAAUGCGUCUCUAGUAAUCAUCAAGCGCAGUGUACAUGCCUUCCAGGUUAUCAAGGAAAUCCUCACAUUGGCUGUCAGGAGAUAAUGCUGACUGUCGAUCCUUGCGUUCCAAAUCCGUGCGGUUUGAACGCUUUAUGCGAGAAUGACAAUGGAAAUCCUGUUUGUUUCUGUCCGAAAGGUCUAACUGGAAGUCCGUUCGAGCAAUGCAUUCCCGAAGGUGACCAAUGUGAAGGUAAUCCUUGCGGUGCCAAUUCAGGAUGUCGAGUGGUGAGUGGACAGGUGAAGUGCUUCUGUUUACCAGGAUAUGAAGGUCAUCCACCGAAUUUCCCCUGUACACUUCCUAGUACGUCCUGCGAUCCUUCUCCAUGCGGUCCCAAUACUCGUUGCUCUGUGUUGGAUAAUGGCUUUGCAAAGUGUACCUGUCUACCUGGCUACAUUGAAAGUCCCAAUACUAUUAGAGGAUGCGUGCCAAAAGCCGAUCAAUGCGAAUUUAAUCCGUGUGGUUUUGGAGCGAGAUGCAAUAGCACGAGAGUACCACCUUGUUACUGUCCAGAUCUCACAAUUGGAAAUCCAUACAAGAGUUGCGGAGUACGCCCAGAAGAACCAUACGAUCCUUGUCUAUUAUCACCUUGUGGCAAAAACGCUAUUUGCACGGCAAUUGAUGGCAUAGCUAAAUGCACAUGUAUACCGCCAUUUGUCGGUAAUCCAUAUAUAGAUGGUUGCGAAGCCGAAUGUAUUAUUAAUCGGGAUUGCGAAAGUCAUCUGGCUUGUUUCAAUCAACACUGUAGAGAUCCAUGUCCAGGCGUAUGCGGCGCUAAUGCGCAUUGCGAAGUUGUCGAUCAUCUUCCUAUGUGUUCUUGUUUGCCAGGAUAUACUGGAGAUCCGUUUAGAGCCUGUAAAGUAGAGAAACCUCUAGUCCCAGAUCAGAAUCCGUGUAUGCCAUCGCCAUGCGGUCCACACAGUAUCUGUCGUGUAAUGAAAGAUCGUGCAGUUUGUUCAUGUAGUCCGAGUUACCAAGGCACUCCACCGCAUUGCCGUCCGGAGUGUCUCGUCAGCACGGAAUGCCCGGCUCAUCUGGCUUGCAUUGAUCAAAAGUGUAAUGAUCCUUGCCCAGGAUUGUGUGGUUUGAACGCUGAUUGUCAAGUUAUCAAUCACAAUCCAAUUUGUAGUUGUCCUCGUCAAUAUGCUGGCGAUCCAUUCACGCAAUGCGUCAAAGAAGAACCUUUACCGCCAACAACGAAUCCUUGUUUACCAUCGCCUUGCGGGCCUAAUGCUGAUUGUCGGGUUCAAGAGGAUCAUCCGAUAUGCACAUGCAUUAGUGGUAUGUUCGGAGCACCGCCGAAUUGUAGGCCAGAGUGUGUGAUUGAUCAGGACUGCAUUAGUUCCUUAGCUUGUAUUCAAAAGAAGUGUUUAGAUCCAUGCGUUGGAUCGUGCGGAUUUAACACGAAUUGUACGGUGUUGAAUCAUCGACCUAUUUGUCAUUGUUAUGAAGGCUAUGAAGGAGAUCCUUUCUCAGGUUGUGCCAAAGCUGUUUUCCCAGUGCAAUUACCGUGCGAUCCGUCGCCGUGCGGUACGAAUGCUGUAUGUAAAGAACGUAAUGGCGCGGGAUCUUGUACUUGUUUACCUGAUUAUACUGGUGAUCCCUAUGAGGGUUGCAGACCGGAAUGUGUUCAGAAUUCAGAUUGCGCUCAUACGAAGGCUUGUAUUAACAACAAGUGCAAGGAUCCAUGUGUGGGAGCGUGCGGAAUUAACGCGCAAUGCCAAGUUUAUAAUCAUCAACCAUCUUGUAGUUGUCUCUCUGGUUAUACCGGAGACCCUCUUACGUCUUGUCACAUACCAAUAAAACCUUCACCACCGGUCGAUACGUGCCAACCAUCUCCCUGUGGACCAUAUAGCAACUGCCGCGUUAUUGAUAAUCACGCAGCGUGCUCCUGUCAACCUAAUUACAUCGGUAGUCCACCGUCAUGUCGACCAGAAUGCGUAGUUAGUACGGACUGUAGCCCAAACACGGCGUGUAUCAAUCAAAGAUGUAAAGAUCCAUGUCUAGGCACAUGUGGUGUGAAUGCAGACUGCCGAGUGAUCAAUCAUAAUCCAGUUUGCAUCUGCGCGAUUGGCUAUAGCGGAGAUCCGUUCUUUGGUUGCGUUAAGGAAGAAGUAACACCUUUACCGAAACCAAGUGACAAUCCUUGCGUCCCUUCGCCGUGUGGACCGAAUUCCCAAUGUCGGGUGAUUGACGGUUUUCCGGCAUGUUCGUGUUUACCGAAUUACAUUGGCCGCGCACCAAAUUGCCGUCCCGAGUGUGUCAUAAAUGAAGGAUGUCCCGGAAAUUUGGCGUGCCAAAAUGAACAGUGCGUGGACCCAUGUCCAGGAUCUUGCGGCGUAAACACGUAUUGCAAUGUCGUAAAACACAAUCCUGUAUGUAUCUGUAACGAGGGUUACACGGGUGAUCCGUUUACGGAAUGUAUACCAAUCAUAGAAGCGCCUAUUACGACAGAGCAACCACGUACGCCAUGUAAUCCAUCGCCAUGCGGUGCCAACGCAGUGUGCAACGAGCGAAACGGAGUCGGAUCUUGCACAUGUCUACCGCAAUACUUUGGCGAUCCAUACAUUGCUUGCAGACCAGAAUGCGUGACUAACGCCGACUGCGACCGCAGUAAGGCUUGUCUGAACAACAAAUGUGUCAAUCCAUGUCCUGGUACUUGCGGCCAAGAUGCCACUUGUCGCGUGAUCAAUCAUGCCCCGAUGUGCUCUUGCCUGCCGGGAUAUACCGGUGAUCCGGUAAACGGCUGUACCAUUAUCAUCGUGACGCCGUUGCCCGUGCCAAUUGAUCCUUGUGAUCCAUCGCCAUGUGGACCCAACAGCAACUGUCGAACGCACGACGGACACGCAGUGUGCCUCUGCCAACCAGGAUUUUCCGGAGUUCCGCCUACCUGCCGACCGGGUUGCAUUGUCAGUUCUGAAUGUCCACAGAACAGAGCGUGCAUCAAUAACAAGUGUGCGGAUCCGUGUCCAGGUUCUUGCGGACAGAACACGAAUUGCCUUACAGUGAAUCACAAUCCUAUUUGUAGCUGCGCCAGCGGUUAUUCCGGCGAUCCUUUCGUUCAUUGCACCAGGAUCAGCAUUACGUCGCCGUCGCCGAAGGGGGAAGAAGACCCUUGUCUACCGAAUCCAUGCGGCCCGAACUCUCAGUGCAGAGUGAUAGGCUCUCAUCCAGCAUGUUCUUGCUUGCAAAACUACAUCGGUCGUGCACCGAAUUGUAGACCUGAGUGCACCGACAAUUCGGAAUGCUUUAAUACCGCAGCGUGCAUUAAUCAAAGAUGCAAGAAUCCCUGCCCUGGCGCUUGCGGCGAGAUUGCCAGAUGCACAGUGCAAAAUCACGUUCCAAUUUGUACCUGUCCAGAAGGAUAUGAGGGCGAUCCCACUGUGCGCUGUGUCCUACCAUCUCCACCAGCAACAGAUAGGACCGUGUCAAAUCCGUGCUCGCCGAAUCCUUGCGGUCCCAACGCGCAAUGUCGUGAAAGAAACGGAGCAGGUGCCUGCGGAUGUCCACCAGAUCUAAUAGGCGAUCCGUAUGAUAUCAUCAAGGGAUGUCAUAGGGAAUGCGAAACAAACAAUGACUGCGCACCACAGUUGGCGUGUGUUGGUUUCAAAUGCACAGAUCCGUGUCCCAAUACUUGUGGAACGUUAUCUAUUUGUAACGUACAAGCGCACGUUCCUGUCUGCCUGUGUCCACCAGGAUAUACUGGAGAUCCAUAUUUCGCUUGCGAAAUUGAAGAGGUGAUAAAAACAUUAGAACCAUGUUCUCCAUCACCUUGUGGACCUAAUAGUAAAUGCCGAGUUGUCAACGAUCAAGCUGUAUGCACCUGUUUACCAGAGUACAGGGGUAUUCCACCGUCGUGCAGACCAGAAUGUAUCGUUAAUGCUGAGUGUCCCCUGCAUCUAGCAUGUAUAAAUAAAAAAUGUGUAGAUCCUUGCCCGAAUAUCUGUGGAUUGAAGGCACAAUGUAUUACCAAAAAUCACAAUCCAAUUUGCACUUGCCCUGUCGGUUUUACAGGAGAUCCUUUCACUUUCUGCUCGCCACAUGUUACUACCGAACUUCCAAUAACUGAACGGCCACCAUCUUGCACUCCAUCGCCUUGCGGUCCAAAUUCCUUAUGUCAAAUAAUAUCUGGUAAUCCUGCUUGCUCUUGCCUGCCAAAUUACAUUGGCGUACCACCGCAAUGCCGACCAGAAUGCAUAUUAAGCACCGAAUGUAAGAGCCAUCUCGCAUGUGUCAAUCAAAGAUGUGCGGAUCCCUGCCCAGGCUCGUGUGGAAUAAACGCUCAAUGUCACGUAUUAAAUCAUCUGCCAGUUUGCACGUGUAUGGAAGGUUUCACCGGAGAUCCAUUUACGCAAUGCAGCAUUAUUCCACCAGUUACAGAAUCACCAUCCAUGGAUCCUUGUGCACUAUCUCCGUGUGGUCCGAACGCCAUAUGCGAUAAUGGUGAUUGCAAAUGCUUGCCCGAAUAUAUUGGUAAUCCUUAUGAGGCUUGUCGUCCCGAAUGUAUUCUUAAUUCGGAAUGUGCCCGCGAUAAAACUUGUCUGAAGAACAAAUGCAAGGAUCCUUGUCCCGGAAUAUGCGGCCAAAACGCGCAAUGCGACAUAGUCAAUCACAUUCCUGUCUGCUCUUGUCCAUCUGGAUAUAUUGGCGAUCCAUUCGUUAGCUGCCGUGUUCAACCUAGAGUGCCAGAUUCUCGAAAGGAUCCGUGCACGCCUUCGCCCUGCGGACCGAACAGUCAAUGUCGAAAUAUCGAAGAUCAAGGAGUAUGCUCCUGUCUUCAAGGCUAUCUUGGUUCUCCACCAUCCUGCAGACCAGAGUGUCUCGUUAGUUCUGAAUGUCCGCCAACGCGAGCCUGCGUAAACAAAAAAUGCACAGAUCCAUGUCUGGGUUCCUGUGGCCUGAAUGCGAGAUGCGAAGUGAUCAAUCACUCGCCAAUAUGCAGUUGUUUAUCCGGACAAACUGGAGAUCCGUUCAGAAGUUGUUACGAUAUUCCACUACCACCGGAACCUAAAGACCGGGGCGAUCCUUGCAGUCCUUCGCCAUGCGGACCAAACGCACUUUGUCAGAACGCAAAUGGACAACCGUCAUGUUCGUGUCUGCCCACUUACAUUGGCAUUCCGCCAUCAUGUCGACCUGAAUGUUUGAUCAAUCCUGAUUGUCCGCCGGAAAAAUCCUGCAUAAACAUGAAAUGUAAAGAUCCCUGUCCGGGAUCCUGCGGAGACAACGCUGAGUGCAAAGUGGUGAAUCAUGCAGUAACUUGUUCGUGUAAACUCGGCUACACGGGUAAUCCGUUCGUGCAAUGCGUGUUAGAAGAGGAACCGAUGAAUCCUUGUGAACCUUCACCGUGCGGAGCUAACGCGAUCUGUCAGCAACGAGACAAUGCUGGCGCUUGCAUAUGUAUCGAUGAUUAUCAAGGAAAUCCUUACGAGGGAUGUCAACCGGAGUGCGUCCUCAGUGCAGAUUGCUCUACGAAUAAGGCUUGUGUUCGUAACAAAUGCAAGGAUCCUUGCCCAGGUGUGUGUGGCGUUCGAGCACAGUGUUCAGUGAUCAAUCACAUUCCUACAUGUACUUGUGAGCCUGGAUACAUUGGAGAUCCAUUUAUGACUUGCACCUUACAACCGGAAGUGGAUACCGAGCCUACUGUAAGAGAUCCAUGCUCUCCUUCACCCUGUGGACCAAACAGCUUGUGCCGCGCUGUAAACAAUCAAGUCGUGUGCACAUGCCAAGAGUCUUUCGUUGGUGUACCACCAAAUUGCAAGCCGGAAUGUGUCGUCAAUUCAGAAUGUCCACAAAAUAGAGCAUGUUAUAAAUACAAAUGUACUGAUCCGUGUCCCGGCACAUGUGGAAUUGAAGCCAAUUGUCGUGUUAUUAAUCACAAUCCACUCUGCAGUUGUCCGCAAGGAAAAACGGGCGAUCCUUUCUCUAGAUGUUUCCCUGAACCUGUUGUACCGCUACCACCGAUGGAUCCUUGUUUCCCUAACCCAUGUGGACUCUACGCGGAGUGCAAAAUAGUCAAUAAUCAAGCUGCGUGCACUUGUUUGAAAAAUUACAUAGGAAUACCGCCCAAUUGCCGUGCAGAGUGCGUAGUUAAUACAGAUUGUCCAUCGGAUCAAGCUUGCAUCUCUGAAAAAUGUCGCGAUCCCUGCAUUGGUUCCUGUGGUCAAAAUGCUGAUUGUCGAGUACAGAAUCACAUACCAGUUUGCUUGUGUCAACCUGGAUAUUCCGGCGAUCCUUUCACAUUGUGCACAGUAAUUAGAGAACAACCAAAGAUUCCCGAAGAUUUGUGCAGUCCGUCACCUUGCGGACCCAACGCAGAAUGUAACGAAGGUGUAUGCAAGUGCUUGCCUAAUUACUUUGGGGAUCCAUAUUCGUAUUGUCGGCCAGAAUGUACAAUGAAUUCAGAUUGUCCUCGUGUCAAAACUUGCAUCAAUCAAAAUUGCGUGGAUCCUUGCCCAGACACAUGCGGUCGUGACGCACGUUGCGACGUUGUUAAUCACGUCCCAAUGUGCAGUUGUCCACCUGGUUACACUGGAAAUCCAUUUCUUCUAUGCCAACCACAUAUACCAGAUGAUACCAUUAAACAGCCUUGCACACCUUCGCCUUGUGGACCAAACAGCAUCUGCAAAGUUGUGAAUGGUCAUGCUGUAUGUUCGUGUCAACCUGGUUUAAUUGGCAGUCCACCCGCCUGCAAACCAGAAUGCAUUAUUAGCGCUGACUGUCCAUUGACACAAGCAUGUCUAAAUAAUAAAUGCCAAGAUCCAUGUCCAGGCACAUGCGGACAAAAUACGAACUGUCAAGUGGUUAAUCAUAAUCCAAUAUGUAGCUGCUCUGAAUCUUACACAGGCGAUCCCUUCACAAUAUGUUAUCCGCAACCAAAAACACCACCUAUAUCAAUGAAUCCGUGUCUGCCAUCGCCUUGCGGUCCGAACGCAGAGUGUCAAGUGAGGGGUGACAGUCCUGCGUGCUCGUGUAUCGAAAAUUAUGUUGGUUUGCCGCCCAAUUGUCGACCGGAGUGCACGAUUAAUCCUGAGUGCCCGCCGCAGUUAGCUUGUAUGCAACAAAAGUGUCGCGAUCCGUGUAUCGGUUUGUGCGGUCCGAACGCUCAGUGUUCGGUAGUGAAUCACCACGCGAUUUGUGCGUGCAUCAACGGAUACACCGGAAAUCCAUUCAGCGCUUGUGAACAAAUACCCGAGGAUACACCCCUAGACAUUAGAAAACCAUGCGAGCCUUCCCCUUGUGGCAUCAAUGCCGUCUGCCGUGAGAACAAUGGCGUUGGCUCGUGCACCUGUUUGCCGGACUACUUAGGUGACCCUUACCAAGAAUGCAGACCUGAAUGCACGCAAAAUUCUGACUGUUUGACAAGAAUGGCGUGCGUGAACUUGAAAUGCAGAGACCCUUGCCCAGGAACAUGCGGAGUGAAUGCUCAAUGUCAAUCGGUUAAUCAUCUGCCGAUUUGUAUUUGUAUUCCCGGCUAUACCGGCAACCCUUUUACGCUCUGUUCCCCAAUAGUUGAAAUCCUACUGCCAGAAACAAAUCCAUGCAGCCCAUCUCCCUGUGGACCAAAUAGUAAAUGCCGAGACAUAAAUGGCCUUGCCGUUUGCACUUGCCUCCCGAAUUUUAUUGGCAGCUCUCCCAACUGUCGAGCUGAAUGCGUAAUGAACAGUCAAUGCUCUCAAGAUCUUGCUUGCAUCAAUCAGAAGUGUAUAUCACCUUGCCCGGACCCAUGUGGUAUAAACACACAAUGCAGAGUAAUCAAUCACAGCCCCAUCUGCAUCUGCAAUCUCGGUUAUACCGGAGAUCCCUUUACGAGAUGUUUCCCCGCCCCACAAUCGCUAGAUUUUCCUGUAGUCUCGAAAGAUCCCUGUUUACCGUCUCCAUGCGGCAUAUAUGCGGAAUGUAGGAAUAUUGGUAGUACACCAUCAUGCUCUUGUCUCCCGACCUACAGAGGAUCACCGCCGAAUUGUCGUCCUGAAUGUCGCGUAAAUUCCGAAUGCCCGAUGAAUCUUGCCUGCAACAAUGAGAGAUGCAGAGAUCCUUGUUUAGGCUCCUGUAGCAUCACUUCAUUGUGCACAGUCUACAAUCAUAUACCUGUGUGUACUUGUUCUGAAGGAUUUACUGGCGAUCCUUUCACUAAUUGUUAUCCCAGACCAACAACGGCACCUGCAGUUAUCGACCCUUGUAAUUUGAACCCUUGUGGACCGAAUGCACGAUGCAACAAUGGCAUCUGCAUAUGUCUGCCUGAAUAUCAAGGUGAUCCUUACGUGGGUUGCCGUCCCGAGUGUGUCAUGAAUACUGAUUGCGCCCACGAUCGUGCGUGUGUGCGCAAUAAAUGCAUGGAUCCCUGCCCGGGCACGUGCGGUCGAAAUGCAUUGUGUUCCGUAUACAAUCACGUACCUAUGUGCACCUGUCCGACCGGAAUGGCCGGCAAUGCCUUUGUUCAAUGUUCCAUAGUCGAAGAUAUCCCAAAAAGAGAUUCCUGCUCACCCUCGCCCUGUGGACCCAAUAGUGUUUGCCGAGAAAACAACGGGCAACCUGUGUGCUCAUGUGUGGUAGGCUUUCUUGGUGUUCCGCCAGCAUGCAGACCGGAAUGUACUAUCAGUUCUGAAUGUAUUCUGACAGAAGCGUGUAGCAAUCAAAAAUGCAUAAAUCCUUGUCUCGGUGCAUGCGGAAUUCAAGCUACAUGUCAAGUAAUCAAUCAUAAUCCCAUAUGUAGCUGCGGAGAACUCACCGGAGAUCCAUUCAUUCGGUGUAUUCCACGACCACCUGAACCCGUGUUGCAAACAAAUCCCUGUGUGCCAUCUCCUUGUGGAGCAAAUGCCGAGUGUCGGGUUGUAGGUGAUGCUCCCUCAUGUUCAUGUCUAGCUGAAUUCUUGGGUUUGCCACCAUAUUGUAGACCCGAGUGCAUUAGCAAUAGUGAAUGCCCUGCUCAUUUAGCGUGUAUGAAUCAGAAAUGUAGGAAUCCUUGCGAAGGUUCCUGCGGAGCUAACGCCGAAUGUCGUGUAGUGAGUCAUACACCCAUGUGUGUUUGUCCUAGCGACUUCACCGGCGAUCCAUUUACACAGUGUACCAUGAGACCACCCACACCAAUCCCACUAUCACCUUGUAAACCGUCACCCUGUGGCUUUAAUGCCAUUUGCAAGGAACAGUUUGGUGUCGGAUCCUGUUCUUGCUUACCAGAUUAUGUUGGCAAUCCUUACGAAGGAUGUCGACCAGAAUGCGUGGUUGAUACAGAUUGCAUAUCUAUUCUUGCUUGCGUACAAUCAAAGUGCAAAGAUCCAUGUCCUGGUGUCUGUGGACAAUUUGCCGAAUGUCAAGUUAUCAACCAUCGACCAUCUUGCACAUGUAUUUCCGGUUAUAGUGGCAAUCCCUUCCAAUACUGCAAUGUAAUACGCGAUGUCGUCGAUACUCCGAGAGAUGUUUGCAAUCCGUCGCCUUGUGGACCCAACAGCCAAUGUCGUGUUAAUAACAAUCAAGCAGUUUGUUCUUGCCUACCGAUUUUCAUCGGUAAUCCACCUGCAUGUCGCCCUGAAUGCGUGACAAGUUCGGAUUGUUCCCUCAAUCUUGCUUGUUUGAAUCAAAAGUGCCAAGAUCCCUGUCCUGGCUCUUGCGGCAGAAAUUCGAAUUGCAGAGUCAUCAAACAUAAUCCGAUUUGUUCUUGCAAGAACGGUUUUACCGGUGAUCCAUUUACUGUUUGCUUCCAGACACCUGUGAGUCCGCCUGUUGUAAGUGAUGUUACAAGAGAUCCGUGCAUACCAUCACCUUGUGGCAUGUUUUCCGAAUGUCGUGAUAUAGGAGGAGUGCCAUCAUGUUCUUGUUUACCAACAUACAGAGGUAGUCCGCCAAAUUGUAAACCAGAAUGCACAAUUAAUGCAGAGUGUCCAGCUAAUAUGGCUUGCAUGCAGCAAAGAUGUAAAGAUCCCUGUCCAGGCUCAUGCGGCAUCAUGGCCGAAUGUAGUGUCAUAAAUCACGUACCAAUUUGUUCGUGUUUGCCUGAUUACACUGGCGACCCUUUUAUUGGAUGUUCCGUAAAACCACUCAUUGUUGCCCCUUCCAAACCGGACCCAUGCACACCUUCGCCUUGCGGACCCAAUACGCAAUGUAAUGGAGGAAUUUGCGUUUGUAUAGCAGAAUAUUUUGGGGAUCCUUAUAGUGGUUGUCGACCAGAAUGCGUAUUGAAUAACGAUUGUCCGAAUACGCGAGCAUGUGUGCGAAAUAAAUGCGUGGAUCCUUGUCCAGGUGUUUGCGGCCAAAAUGCUAUGUGCAAUGUGUACAAUCAUGUUCCUAUGUGUACUUGUCCCUCGGGAAUGGAUGGAAAUGCUUUCGUCCUAUGUUCUCCCGUGCCAGCACCACCUAUUAGCAACCCAUGUAAUCCAUCUCCGUGUGGUCCGAAUAGUCAAUGCCGAAAAAAUAAUAUGCAGGCUGUAUGUAGUUGCAUAAGUGGAUUUGUCGGUGCACCUCCGACUUGCAGGCCCGAAUGUGUAAUUAGCUCAGAUUGCUCGAAGAAUGAAGCAUGCACCAAUCAAAAAUGUCAGGACCCUUGUCCGGGAAGUUGCGGUCGCAACACAGUCUGCAACGUCAUUAAUCAUAACCCUAUUUGCGUCUGCCGUUCUGGAAUGACCGGAGAUCCGUUUAUUAAUUGUUUCCCCCUUCCUGAGGAACCGUUACCUGUGCUUAAUCCUUGUCAACCAUCACCGUGUGGACCAAAUGCACAAUGCCAAGUGAUUAAUGAUCAACCCUCUUGCUCAUGCUUGCAAGAAUUUAUUGGAUCACCCCCGAACUGUCGGUCUGAGUGUAUCAGCAAUAGCGAAUGCUCGAACAAAAUGGCUUGUAUCAACCAAAAAUGUCGCGAUCCGUGCAUCAAUGCAUGCGGCAUCAAUGCCGUUUGUAAUGUUGUUAGUCACACACCGAUGUGCGCAUGCACUCCCGGUUACACUGGCGAUCCGUUUACGCAAUGUUCUCCCCAACAAUUCGACAUACAGCCUAGUAUAUCCACGCCAUGCACCCCAUCUCCGUGUGGUGCAAAUGCAGUAUGCAGAGUUCAGCAAAAUGCUGGUUCUUGCUCGUGCUCGACCGAUUAUAUUGGCAAUCCUUAUGAAGGAUGCAGACCUGAGUGUACACUCAAUUCCGACUGUCCGUCCAAUCAAGCAUGUAUUGGUUUAAAAUGUAAAGAUCCAUGUCCAGGAACAUGCGGCCAAAACGCGCAAUGCUACGUGAUUAAUCAUGCACCAACUUGUACUUGCUUCGAGCGGUACACGGGAAAUCCAUUCAUAUUCUGCAACCUUAUUGUUGAAGCCCCGAUUAUAGCAGAUAAUGUUAAUCUCUGUCAACCAUCCCCUUGCGGACCAUAUAGUCAAUGUAGAGAAAGCAAUGGCCAAGCUGUUUGCUCUUGUUUACCGACUUAUAUCGGCGCACCACCCGGUUGUAGACCCGAAUGCACAGUUAGCACAGAUUGUGCGACAAAUCGAGCUUGCGAAAAUAAUAAGUGUGUUGAUCCUUGUCCUAACUCUUGUGGUCAAGGCACGACGUGUAGAGUCGUAAACCAUAGUCCAAUAUGCAUGUGCAAACCCGGAUUCAGUGGUGAUCCAUUCAUACGCUGUCUACUUGUACCACCUACUCCGAGUUACUUACCAAGCCUGCCCUCAGACCCUUGCAUACCCUCACCAUGCGGAUCUAAUUCGCAAUGUCGCAACGUCAACGGUUAUCCAUCCUGUUCUUGUAUGAUUAAUUACAUUGGUACACCACCAAAUUGUCGUCCCGAAUGCGUUAUUCCUGCCGAUUGUCCGAGCAAUCAAGCUUGUAUUCGUGAGAGAUGCCAAGAUCCCUGUCCAGGUUCUUGUGGUCUGAAUGCCGAUUGUACUGUUCAUAACCAUAUUCCAAUCUGCAGAUGUAUAGAAAGUUAUACUGGUGAUCCAUUUAUUGGUUGUCAGCCUAUACCGAUCUACAACGAGCCAACACAGCCAAUUGAUCCAUGCAAUAAAUCACCUUGUGGACCAAAUGCUCAAUGCAACAAUGGCAUUUGUAUUUGUUUACCUGAAUAUUUUGGUGAUCCAUACGUUGGCUGUCGACCAGAAUGCGUACUUAGUACAGAUUGUUCAACCGACAAGGCAUGCAUACGAAACAGAUGUGUCGAUCCUUGUCCAGGUACGUGUGGACAAAACAGUUUGUGCAAUGUGAUAAAUCACACACCGAUGUGCAGUUGUCCCCCUGGUACUUCUGGAAACGCAUUCAUUUCUUGUGAUGUAAUAAGAGUCCCUUCCGUGACAAGACCAUGCAGCCCGAAUCCUUGUGGUCCAAACAGCAUAUGUAGAGAAUUAAAUGAACAAGCUGUGUGUACUUGUGCACCAGAGUUUCUUGGUGCACCGCCUCUCUGUCGACCCGAAUGUACCCUUAGUUCUGACUGUCGGCCGAACGAAGCUUGCGCUAAUCAAAAAUGCAAAAAUCCUUGCCCCGGUACAUGCGGCAUCCAAGCAAGAUGCGUAGUCGUCAAUCACAACCCUGUUUGCUCGUGCCCCGAGCGCUACACAGGCGAUCCAUUUAUCAGAUGCGAUAUUAUGAAACCAAUAGCACCUGUAGUAAUAAACCCUUGUCAGCCUUCACCCUGUGGUCCGUACGCUCAGUGCCAGGUCGUUAACGAUUUGCCAUCCUGCUCGUGUCUACCUGAAUAUAAAGGCUCUCCCCCGUAUUGUCGACCUGAAUGUAUUUCAAAUCCUGAGUGCCCCAGCCAUCAAAGUUGUGUGCGACAAAAAUGCAGGGAUCCCUGCCCAGGUUUAUGCGGAGAAAAUGCGGAAUGUCAUGUGAUACAACACGUACCCCAUUGUGUCUGUUCUUACGGUCUCACCGGUGAUCCGUACACGCGUUGCUCUGCGAUACCACGCCCAAUAGAACUGGAACCAGUAUCGUCGCCUUGCGUAAACUUUGAAUGUGGUGCGAAUGCGAUAUGUAGAGAGCGAGAUAGUGUCGCAAUAUGUCAGUGUAUCUCUAGCUAUGUCGGUAAUCCGUACUUAGCGUGUCGACCCGAAUGCAUUAUUAAUCCUGAUUGUGCAUCCAAUUUAAUGUGCGUAAGAAACAAGUGCGCCAAUCCUUGCGCCGGUAUGUGCGGUCGAAACGCCGAGUGCUCGGUCGUUAAUCAUCAACCGAUAUGCACAUGUCUUCCUGGAUAUACCGGAGAUCCUUUCAUUUCUUGUUCUGUAGACAAAAUAAUCUCCGAUGAGAAUGUUUGCGCCCCAUCACCCUGUGGACCCAACAGCAAAUGCAAAGAAGUAUCCAGACAGGCUGUCUGUUCAUGCCUUCCGACAUACGUUGGAACUCCACCUGCAUGUAGACCUGAAUGUGUUGCUAGCUCAGAAUGUUCCCCACAAUUAGUGUGCAAGGACUACAAAUGCGUGAACCCCUGUCCAAGCCCAUGUGGACUCAAUACUAAUUGUGUGGUUGUUAAUCAUAGCCCCAUUUGUAGUUGUAUGUCCGGUUACAGCGGAGAUCCAUUCACCAUAUGCUCUUUAAUUCCACCUAUAACACCACCGCUAGUACAGAAAGACCCUUGUGUGCCAUCCCCAUGUGGUAGUUUCUCCCAAUGCAGAAAUAUCGGUGAUUCUCCUGCGUGUACCUGCUUGGAAAAUUAUAUUGGUCAACCACCUAAUUGUAGACCUGAAUGUAUCAUACACUCGGAAUGUCCGAGUGAUAAGGCCUGUAUCAAUAUGAAAUGUGUGGAUCCAUGUCCCGGAUCGUGUGGCACCAAUGCUCUGUGUUCGGUUAUUAACCAUAUUCCCACAUGCAGAUGUCCCGAGGGAUACACUGGAAAUACGUUUGUUCUUUGCGAGAUAUUGCCAGCAAUAACGACUCCAUCCCCGAUCGAAGAUGCCUGCAUUCCGUCACCCUGUGGUCCUAACGCGCAAUGUUUUGACGGUAUCUGUACUUGUCUACCGGAAUUCCGAGGAGAUCCGAAUGUAGGUUGUCGACCGGAAUGCGUCCUAAAUGCGGAUUGUCCCCGCGAUAGAGCGUGUAUACAUAACAAAUGUCUGGAUCCAUGCCCUGGAGCUUGCGCUGUUAACGCGUUAUGCACCGUGAUCGGUCACAUUCCCAUGUGCAGUUGCCCUGGAAAUAUGACUGGCAAUGCAUUUAGCCAAUGUACACCUCUACAAGACAUAUCACUCGCUAAUCCAUGCACCCCUUCACCCUGUGGACCGAAUAGUGAAUGCCGUGUUAUAAAUAAUCAGGCGGUCUGCUCCUGUAUAAGAGGAUAUUUAGGUAGUCCUCCGACUUGCAGACCCGAAUGCAUAGUCAGCACGGAUUGCCCCCAGAAUGAAGCUUGUAGCAAUCAGAAAUGUACGAAUCCUUGUCCUGGAAGUUGUGGAUUAGGCGCAUCCUGUCAAGUAGUGAAUCAUAAUCCGAUUUGCAUUUGUCCACCCCCUCAAACGGGUGAUCCUUUUGUUAGAUGCUAUUUACCACCACCUCAAAUACCUGUAUUACCCGUCACACCAUGCAAACCAAACCCUUGCGGUCCCAAUUCACAAUGCCAACCACGCGGCGAUGAAUCUGUAUGCACGUGUUUGCCCGAUUUCAUUGACAGUCCGCCAAAUUGCAGAGCGGAGUGCGUCAGUAACAGCGAAUGUUCUAAUCAUUUAGCUUGUAUUAAUAAGAAAUGUCAGGACCCAUGCAUUAGUUCCUGCGGUGCGAACGCUAAUUGUCACGUUGUCAGUCACACCCCGAUGUGUUCUUGUAUAAAUGGUUAUACCGGUGAUCCAUUUACUCAAUGCAUCUUAAGAGAACCCACACCAUUGCCGCCUGCACCAAUUGAUCCUUGUAAUCCUUCCCCUUGCGGUUCUAAUGCGAUGUGCAAGGAAUUCAACGGUGCCGGUUCGUGUACGUGCUUGCCGAAUUACACCGGCAAUCCGUACGAAGGAUGUAGGCCGGAAUGUGUCUUAAAUUCGGAUUGCCCUGCCAACUUAGCUUGUGUAAAUAUGAAAUGUAGAGAUCCAUGCCCGGGAUCAUGCGGGCGCAAUGCGUUAUGCCAGGUUGUUAACCAUUUGCCAGUAUGCAAUUGUUAUCCUAAAUAUACCGGCGAUGCCUUUUCAUAUUGUACUCCGAUAGAAAUAGAAGGAGAAAAUGCUGUCAGUAAUCCUUGUGAACCGUCACCAUGUGGACCUAACAGCUUGUGUCGCGUUGUGGAUAAUACGAGCGUCUGUACUUGUUUACCUGAUUUCCAAUGGGUAGCUAGCCCACCAAAUUGUCGCGCUGAGUGCACUGUUAGUGCUGAAUGCGCUUUCAAUCUAGCAUGUAUCUCAUAUAAAUGUAACGACCCUUGUCGUACAUUGUGCGGUUCCAACGCAAGAUGCGAAACGAUUAAUCAUAAUCCCAUUUGCUCGUGCCCACCUAGUUUUACUGGUGAUCCAUUCGUUGCCUGCUUUGAAAUGCCACCUAAAGAUGAAGAACCUCGUCCACUUGUGAAUCCUUGCGCACCUUCACCUUGCGGACCUUAUUCAGAAUGCCGUGACAUUAACGGUCAAGCAUCUUGUGCUUGUUUGUCAACAUAUGUAGGAACACCACCCAAUUGCAGACCCGAAUGUUCAGUUAAUCCAGAAUGCCCGACUAAUCAAGCGUGUAUACAGAGAAAAUGUCGAAAUCCUUGCGAUGGAGUUUGUGGAGUAGGAGCAAUUUGUAACGUCAUUCGUCACACACCCACAUGUUCUUGUUCCAAUGGAUUCACUGGAGAUCCAUUUGUAAUGUGUAAACUAAUUCCCGAAGAAGAUACAACACUCAAACCGACAGAUCCGUGCUUAAAUUGUGGCGCAAAUACACAAUGCUUUAACGGUAUAUGCAGUUGCCUUCCCGAAUAUCAAGGAAAUCCAAACUUUGGAUGCCAUCCAGAAUGUAUUCUAAAUUCAGACUGCCCAAGACACCGGGCUUGCAUUAAGAACAAAUGUCAAGAUCCGUGUGGUCUUGGAAUUUGCGGUGUCAAUGCCUUGUGUUCUGUCAUAAAUCACAUACCAGUUUGCACUUGUGCACAGAGGAUGUCUGGCAACGCGUUUGUACAGUGCUCCCCAAUAGCUGACACGAUACCAAAAGAUCCAUGUAAUCCAUCACCUUGUGGACCGAAUAGUCAGUGUCGAAAGAUAAAGGAACAAGCUGUCUGUUCGUGUCUCCCUGGAUACUUGGAUGCACCACCUAAUUGCCGAGCGGAAUGCAUUAUUAGUUCUGACUGCCUCGCUAACAGGGCUUGCAAUAAUCAAAAAUGUAUAGAUCCUUGCCCUGGAACGUGCGGCAUCAGAGCUCAAUGUACUGUAGUUAACCACAAUCCGAUUUGUUCUUGUUCCUCUGAGUUAACCGGAGAUCCCUUCACUCAGUGUAUUCCAAGACCAAUAGAAUCUCCAACGCCCAUUAAUCCCUGCGUUCCAUCUCCAUGUGGACUUAAUAGUAAAUGCGAAGUUGUAAACAACGCAUACUCCUGCUCUUGCUUGCCAGAGUUUAUUGGCGAUCCACCAAAUUGUAGACCCGAAUGCGUUAGCAAUAGUGAAUGUUCUACACAGUUAGCGUGCAUCAAUCAAAAGUGUCGCGAUCCAUGUCCGGGCUCCUGCGGUAUUAAUUCUGAUUGCCGAGUAAUAAGUCAUACACCUAUGUGUGUUUGCCUUAUCGGAUUUGAAGGAGAUCCGUUUGUACUAUGUAAUCCCAAGCAAAGCGACGUUAUAAAUGCUGUAAAACCAACACCCUGUAUCCCGUCACCGUGCGGUUUUAAUGCGAUGUGCCGCGAAUCGAAUGGUGUUGGUUCUUGCAUGUGUCUAUCAGAUUAUACAGGCAAUCCAUACGAAGGUUGUCGACCCGAGUGUACGAUAAACUCCGAUUGCACCGCAGAUCGAGCGUGUGUCGGAUCGAAGUGUCAGAAUCCUUGUCCAGGUUUUUGCGGAUAUAAUGCGAUUUGCCAAGUAGUGAAUCACGCGCCGUUGUGCACAUGUCAAUCUGGAUACAGUGGCAACCCGUUCGUCUCUUGUAACAGAAUUGUACAAGAUACGUCAUUAGAACUUAAUCCAUGCAGCCCUUCUCCUUGUGGACUUAAUAGUCAGUGCCGUGAAUUAAAUGGUCAAGCGGUAUGCUCUUGCUUACCCACAUUUAUUGGAACUCCACCGAACUGUCGUGCGGAGUGUACUGUCAGUUCCGAUUGCCCCGUAAAUCGUGCUUGCAAAAAUCGUAAAUGCGUUGAUCCAUGCCCCGGAAUUUGUGGCAUCAAUGCAAGAUGUGAAGUGAUUAAUCAUAGUCCAAUUUGCAGUUGUAAUCAAGGUUUUACCGGUGAUCCCUUUGUAACAUGUUUCCAAACGUUUAUAGACAAAGAUAUCCCUCAAACGCCAGAAAAUCCGUGCGUUCCAUCCCCCUGUGGUCCAUUUGCCACUUGUCGCGAUAGCGGCUACGCGGGCGUGCCAACGUGCACGUGUAUGGAAAAUUACAUUGGUAGCCCUCCGAAUUGUCGGCCAGAAUGUACCGUUGAUUCUGAGUGCAACAAUAAUCAAGCCUGCUUGAGACAAAAAUGCAGAGACCCGUGCCUUGGCUCGUGUGGUAUCGGUGCCCAAUGCCUCGUAGUUAAUCACAUGGCCGUCUGUCUCUGCCCGAAAGGUUACACCGGGGAUGCGUUUGCUAAUUGCUUUCCGGAACCUGCUCCUGCUUCUAUACCACAAGAUCCUUGUAAUCCGUCUCCGUGCGGAGCUAACGCAGUAUGUCGUGACGGCGUUUGCACCUGUAUGCCUGAAUUCCAUGGUGAUCCUUACACUGCAUGUCGACCCGAAUGUGUACAAAAUCCGGAUUGUCCAUUAGACAAAGCUUGCGUUCGUAACAAGUGUUUUGAUCCGUGCAUUGGAGUUUGCGGGCAAAACGCAAAGUGUACAGUGAUAAAUCACACUCCAAUGUGCGCCUGCCCAGAUGGAAUGUCCGGCAAUGCGUUUGCUGUGUGUUAUCCGGUCAUUCAAGAUCAAACCGUUAUUGAGAAUCCAUGUAACCCAUCGCCUUGCGGUCCAAAUAGUAGAUGUCAGAAUUUUAAUAAUCAAGCAGUAUGUACGUGUAUAAUUGGAUUCAUAGGAAAUCCGCCAGCCUGCCGACCCGAGUGCAUAGUUAAUACUGAUUGUGCACUGAACGAAGCUUGCAUCAACAUGAAAUGCGGCAAUCCUUGCCUUGGUGCGUGUGGUAUAUCCGCUCGUUGCCAAGUGUUGAAUCAUAAUCCAGUUUGCACCUGUCCUCCUGUAUUUACUGGCGAUCCGUUUAUACGUUGUGUACCAAGACCGGAAGAUAUUCCAAAACCGAUAAACCCGUGCCAACCAUCACCUUGUGGUCCUAAUUCUCAGUGUCAAGUCAUCAAUGAUACGCCAUCGUGUUCUUGCACGAUAGAGUUCAUUGGGACACCACCGAACUGUAGACCAGAAUGCAUUAGUAACAGCGAAUGUCCGAGUCAAAUGGCAUGUAUUAAUCGAAAAUGUAGAGACCCAUGUCCUGGAUCUUGUCACUCUCUGGCUAAUUGUUACGUCGUUAAUCAUGUGCCCACUUGCACGUGUCGCGUCGGUUACACAGGCGAUCCAUUUGUUCAAUGCACGAUCAUGCCCAGCGAACCACCGGCACUAAGACAACCUUGUCAACCAUCCCCUUGUGGAACAAAUGCCAUAUGUAGAGAACAAAAUGGCGUCGGUUCUUGUACAUGUUUGCUUGAAUAUAUUGGGAAUCCCUAUGAAGGAUGCCGUCCUGAAUGUACUAUUUCGUCAGAUUGUCCCGCACAUUUAGCUUGCAUUGGAUCAAAAUGUCAGAAUCCAUGUCCCGGUUCAUGUGGUACCAAUACCAAUUGCCAAGUUGUCAACAAUAUUCCCAUUUGCACUUGUAUCCCUGGUUAUACUGGCAAUCCAUACAUAAACUGCAUUUAUCAGACUCUCAGCAUUCCCGAUGAGAAGCGUGAACCAUGCAAGCCUUCUCCUUGUGGCCCCAACAGUCAAUGUACCAAUAAUAAUGGUCAAGCUGUCUGUUCCUGCUUGCCUCAGUUUAUUGGAACUCCGCCAAAUUGUAGACCGGAAUGUUUAGUAAAUUCUGAAUGUGGUUCGAACCGAGCAUGUGUUAAUCAAAAAUGUGUAGAUCCAUGCAUCGGUACUUGUGGUCGCGAUGCUCAAUGCAAAGUCGUACAUCACAGUCCUAUUUGUGUCUGCGCAAAUGGCUAUACAGGCGAUCCUUUCAUCUAUUGCUUCGCGGUGGCAAUUUCGAAACCAGAAGACCAAUAUCUAAAGGAUCCGUGCUUGCCCUCACCUUGUGGCCCCAAUGCCUUAUGCAGAGCCAUUGGUGAUGCACCAGCGUGCAGUUGCAUGCAAAAUUACAUGGGUGUUCCACCUAAUUGCCGACCCGAGUGUUCAAUAAAUUCGGAUUGUCCCGCUAAUAGAGCUUGUAUCAGAGAAAAAUGUAGAGAUCCUUGUCCAGGAUCAUGUGGCCUCUUAGCACGUUGUUCUGUUAUUAAUCAUACACCAUCAUGCAUAUGUCCUGAAGGCUAUACUGGCGAUCCUUUUAUCAGUUGCAACGUUUUACCUCAGAUACCUCUACUUCCCCCAGACCGAUGCAAUCCAUCACCGUGCGGUCAGAACGCACAAUGUAACAACGGAGUUUGCACAUGCAUACCCGAAUACUUAGGAGAUCCUUAUGUCGGCUGUCGACCAGAAUGUGUGAUUAACACCGAUUGUCCUCGCGAUAAAGCAUGUAUGCUUCAUAAAUGUCGCAAUCCAUGCAUUGGGACAUGCGGUGUUAACGCGGAAUGCAUUGUUGUUAAUCAUUUGCCCAUGUGUAGUUGCCCAAGAAAUAUGACUGGUAGCGCAUUCGUAUCCUGUACACCUCUUCAAGAUUCAACCAUCAUGGAACAACCGUGCAAUCCGUCCCCAUGUGGUCCAAAUAGCCAUUGUCGUGUGUCAAAUAAUCAAGCCAUUUGCGCAUGCAUCGCCGGCUUUAGAGGCGCUCCACCGUCCUGUAGACCAGAAUGUCUUAUAAGCGCCGACUGUGCCCGCAACAGAGCCUGCAGCAAUCAAAAAUGCAUUGAUCCAUGUCUCGGUGCAUGUGGAUUAACCGCACAAUGUACCGUCGUGAAUCACAAUCCUAUAUGCAGUUGCCCACCUUUGUACACGGGAGAUCCAUUUGUUCAAUGUAUUCGUCAACCGGAAGAGCCACAACCACCCGUAGAUCCCUGUCAACCUUCACCUUGCGGUCCGAAUGCGGUAUGCCGAGUCCUCAAUGGCGCCCCAUCGUGCUCUUGCUUGCCCCAAUUUAUCGGCACUCCGCCUAGAUGUAGACCGGAGUGUGUUAGUAAUAGUGAAUGCCCUAGUCAACAAGCUUGCAUUAAUCAAAAAUGCCGUGAUCCUUGUCCAGGAUCGUGUGGUAGAAAUGCUGAAUGUAGAACUGUCAGUCACACCCCGAUGUGUAUUUGCGCCGGUGACUUUACCGGUGAUCCAUUUAUCCAGUGUAAUCCCCGACCAAUCGACACACCGCUAGUUCCAUUAAAUCCGUGCCAGCCGUCACCAUGUGGCGCAAAUGCUAUGUGCCGUGAAAUUUCUGGCUCGGCUUCCUGUACUUGUUUGCCCGAUUUCUACGGAAAUCCGUACGAAGGUUGUAGACCCGAGUGUGUAAUCAACUCUGAUUGUACAUCCAAUCGAGCUUGCAUAAGAAACAGAUGUCAGGACCCUUGCCCAGGAACAUGCGGUGUCAAUGCAAUUUGUGAAGUCAUCAACCACAUACCGGCGUGUAGCUGCCAAUCGAGAUAUACCGGAGACCCAUUCAGAUACUGUGAACCCAUACAGGAAACUCCUCCGGUGCCUAUAGGCGACCCUUGUCAAUUGUCACCAUGCGGUACGAAUAGUCGAUGCCUCAAUGUAAAUGGAAAAGCCAGUUGUUCGUGCCUGCCCACUUAUCAAGGAAUUCCCCCAGACUGUAAACCUGAAUGUAUCGUUAGCACAGAAUGCCCUAUAAAUCGCGCGUGUGUCAAUCAGAAAUGCGUCGAUCCAUGCCCAGGUGUAUGUGGUAUUAACGCUAAGUGUGAUGCCCUGUCCCACAGUCCAUUCUGCAGUUGCGGACCUAAUCAGAUUGGAGAUCCUUUCGUCAAGUGUUUCGACAUGCCCUUGAUGCCUGUACAAACACUACAAAUAAACCCUUGCGUCCCAUCGCCUUGUGGGCCAUUCUCCACGUGUCAAGACAGGGGAGGCUAUCCGUCUUGCACGUGUAUGCCUAAUUAUAUUGGAUCGCCACCUUACUGCCGUACCGAAUGUUCAAUUAAUUCCGAUUGCACCAGUAAUAAAGCUUGCAUUAGAGAAAAAUGCAGAGAUCCUUGUCCUGGAUCUUGUGGUUUUAAUGCCUUGUGCACUGUAAUCAAGCAUACUCCGACUUGCACAUGUCUCGAUGGAUACACAGGCGACCCCUUCAGCAAUUGUUACCUAGCGCCCAUGCAAAUUCCUACAGUAACAUCAGACCCAUGUAAUCCGUCACCAUGCGGACUGAAUGCCGAUUGCCGUAAUGGAAUUUGCAAUUGUAUACCUGAAUAUCGUGGUGAUCCAUAUCGGGAAUGUCGGCCGGAGUGCGUGCAGAAUUCUGAUUGUCCAUUCAAUAGAGCUUGCGCGAAUAAUAAGUGCGUGGAUCCCUGCGUCGGAAUUUGCGGCCAGAAUGCGGAAUGCGCGGUUAUCAAUCAUGUAUCUACUUGUAGCUGUGUCAAGGAUUAUGAAGGCGAUCCAUUCACUCUCUGUAAACGUGUGCAAUCACGCGUCAAACCCUGCGAGCCCUCCCCUUGCGGACCUAACAGCGUUUGCCGUGAAUUCGGAGAUCAAGCCUCAUGUUCUUGCCUACCUGGUUACUUCGGUAUUCCGCCAAGCUGUAGACCCGAAUGCCUCGUUAGCACCGAUUGCGAGCAGAGCAAGGCUUGCGUGAACAUGAAAUGUCGCAACCCUUGUGAAAACGCUUGUGGCCAGAACGCGCUAUGUGUUGUGCGAAAUCAUAAUCCAAUUUGCAGAUGCCCCGUUCAACAGUCCGGUGACCCGUUUAUCAACUGUUUCCCCAUAACAACACCGGAUGUAGAACCCACCAGGGAUCCGUGUUACCCCUCACCAUGUGGAUUGAACUCGCAGUGCGCGGUAUCCGUCGAUAACAUACCCUCCUGCUCCUGUUCGCCCACCUUUAUAGGAUCUCCACCCAAUUGUAGACCCGAAUGCCAUGUAAACAGCGAAUGUCCCACCAAUCAAGCAUGUAUUAAGCAGAAGUGUACCGAUCCGUGUGUUGGAUUAUGCGGAUUCAAUGCACUGUGCCAAGUCACUUUGCACCAAGCCCGAUGCACUUGUCCCGAAUCAUACACUGGAGACCCAUUCACAGUUUGCUCUGAGAUAAUAUCAAUUCCAACACCACCAACGGUACCAUCUAGACCGUGCAGCCCAUCACCGUGUGGAAUAAAUGCGUACUGCCACGAGAGAUUUGACACAGCUAUUUGCGAGUGCGUGCCGAACUAUAGAGGAAAUCCGUAUCAAGGAUGUCAACCUGAGUGCCUCGUGAAUACCGACUGUCCAAAAUCGCAAGCAUGUAUAAAAACGAAAUGUCAAGAUCCUUGUCCUGGUACUUGCGGCGUUGGUGCAACCUGUACCGUAUCCAAUCAUGUCCCUAUUUGUUCUUGCCCACUGCCAACGAUCGGAGACGCUUUCACGCUCUGUCAAGUCCCUGUGGAAGACACUAAGGAAACGGAUCCGUGUUAUCCAUCACCGUGCGGUCCGAAUACUGUGUGCGAGAAAAUUGGUAAUACAGCAAUUUGCAAAUGUUUGCCUGGGUUGCAAGGCGUUCCAACGAGUGUAACUGGUUGUCAUCCGGAGUGCGUCCUCAGCUCGGAUUGUUCGGGUGAUAAAGCUUGCAUACAGAGUAAAUGCAAAGAUCCCUGUUCUCAGAAUGUGUGCGGUAGCAAGGCAGUGUGUAAGACGAUCAAUCAUAGCCCACUUUGCAGUUGUCCAUCUCCGUUGAUCGGCAAUCCUUUUGAGGAAUGUUAUACAAAGAUCGAAACCAAUCCUUGCAGUCCAUCGCCUUGUAAUUACAAUGGCGAGUGCAGAGUGAGAAAUGGUGUCGCUGUUUGCAUUUAUCCUGAAUGUGUUAUUAAUUCAGACUGUCCGCGUGAUAAAGCCUGCUUUUCGCAGAAAUGCAAAGAUCCCUGCAUUGGCGCGUGCGGCAUCAAUUCUAUCUGUCAAACCGUUAAUCACAAACCAAUCUGUUCCUGUCCAAUUGGAUUCAUGGGCAAUGCGCGAGUGCAGUGCACAAUUCCAGCCCUUGAAGGUAAUAUUUUCGGUUGUCGUAGUGAUAGCGAAUGCUCAUUAAUUCAAUCUUGCAUUAACAACGAAUGUAUUGAUACCUGCCUGGUUACACAGUGCGGUAUUAAUGCAAUGUGUACUGCUGAUGGGUAUCAUAAAACUCGAUGCUAUUGUCCUGAUGGAUAUACGGGUAAUCCUUACGAAAUAUGCGAAAGACCUGAAUGCACUAGCGACAAUGAUUGUGCUCCAUCUUUGGCCUGUCGCAACUUAAGAUGCGUCAAUCCUUGUAACUGUCCACCACCAGCAUUGUGCAAUGUUGUCAAUCAUCGGCCAGUAUGUAAAUGUCCACCUGGUUACGUGGGUAAUCCUUACACUUCGUGUCUCAUGGAUCUGUUAGAACCAAAGACCGAAUGUCAAGUCGAUGCCGACUGUCCUAGCAAAUUAGCAUGUUUCAAUGGCAUUUGCAAAGAUCCAUGUACAGAAACAAAACCAUGCAUCGUUAAUGCUAAAUGUAGCAUUGUAGAUACUUUACCAAUGAGAACAAUGAUUUGCGAAUGUCUGCCAAAUUUUGCUGGUGAUGCCACCGUUGCUUGCGUACCAGUGGACAAACAAAUUGCUGCGGUAUGCGAGAGUGAUUCACAAUGUACACCAGACAUGGCCUGUCUAAACCGUCGAUGCAUCAAUCCAUGCACCGUUAAUCCAUGCUCACCAAAUGCGGAAUGUCAUAUCGAAAAUCAUCGCCGUAUGUGUCAGUGUCCCCACGGAUAUGUCGGUGAUCCAUUCAUAAAUUGCUAUGAAGAAAAUAUAGUUCUUGCGGAAUGCAGAAUAAAUACUGAAUGUCCAUCCGACAAAGCGUGCAUAAAUCAAUUGUGCCAAGAUCCGUGCUCCAGCAAUCGUUGUGGUCUAAAUGCCGAAUGCAUCACGAUUAAUCAUCAUCCUUCUUGUCAUUGCCAACAUGGUUUAGCCGGUGAUCCACAAGCUCAAUGUUUCAGACCGGAAUGUAAGACAGACAAUGAUUGUCCUUAUGAUAAAACCUGCCGCAACGAUAAUUGCGUCUCUCCAUGUCUCAUUGGUGAUAUUGUGUGUGGUCGGAAUGCAGAAUGCAGAGCGGUAUCUCAUAGAGCCCAAUGUAUCUGUCCGCAAGGUACUCAAGGCGACCCACGUGUGGCAUGUAUUUCUGCGAUCUGCCAUUACAAUGAAGAUUGCGCUGAUCACGAAGCCUGUGACAGAUUGAAUAGAAUUUGCAGACCGGUUUGUAACGACGAUGCAUGUGGCGAAACUGCAAUUUGUGUCGCGCGCAAUCAUCAGCCGAAGUGCACAUGUCCUCUAGGUACCACCGGAAAUCCCUAUGUAACAUGCAUUGGUGAACCUUCUAUUGAGCCAGAAUGCACGCAGGAUAAUGAAUGCGCAUUGAAUCUCGCUUGUAUUAAUAACAAAUGUCAAGAUCCAUGUAUAUCCGCUGGUAUGUGCACCAGUGAACAGGUGUGCAAAGUCCUGAACACGGAACCACUUCGUACAAUGAUCUGUUUGUGUCCACCAAAUACUAUCACUGAUGUUAAUGGCCAGUGCAAGCAGAUUGUGUUGGGCGACGUACAAUGUCAUUUAGAUCAAGAUUGCGCCAACUACGAGACAUGUCUGGAUGGAAAAUGCGUCGAUGCCUGUUUGACAACUCAGUGCGGUUUUAACGCGCAAUGUAAAUCCACGUCUCACACGGGUAUCUGUUUCUGUUCUCAGGACUUUACUGGCAAUGCCUACAUAGAAUGCAUAAGAGUUCCAGUUGUUCCAUUACCAGGACCUCGACCAGAAUGUUACACAAAUAGUGAAUGUGCGCGCGACAAGCAAUGCAUAAAUUCGCUUUGCGUAAAUCCGUGUGUUGCUAGUGAUCCAUGCGGCAAGAGUUCUCUGUGCCAUGUUGAUAAUCAUAAUCCGAUUUGCAAAUGCCCGAUUGGCUAUAUCGGCGAUCCUAAAACCAAGUGCAUACCACCGGAAAUUACGCCUGAAUGCGUAUCAAACAGCGAGUGCGCAGGAAAUUAUGCGUGUGUCAACGACAUGUGCAUUAAUCCUUGCAACUGUGGACCCAAUGCCAAAUGUAAUGUCAUAAAUCAUUAUCCUUCUUGUGUAUGUCCUCCAGGCUAUUCUGGAAAUCCUCAAUUAGGAUGUUUUAAACUUGAUUGUGAAUCUGACAGCGAGUGUGACUACGCAGCUACCUGCUAUAAUGGCCAAUGCGUGAAUCCUUGUAUCUUGGACAACAAAUGCGCCAUCAACGCGGAAUGCUAUGGCAAGAAUCAUCGGUCGGCUUGUCGUUGCGGCCCGGGUUACUACGGCAAUCCGCAGACUCAUUGUGAAAGAGUUGAGUGUAAUACCGACCAUGAUUGUCCCCAUAAUUUGGCUUGCAACGACGGUCGCUGUAUAAAUCCAUGCGCCGAGAAUUCACUUUGCGCGCAGAAUGCGGUUUGUUACGUCCAAGAUCACAUUGCAUCCUGCCGUUGCCCUGAAAACAUUCCGCUGGGAAAUCCAUUCUCUUAUUGCGAGCGGCAUACCGCAGUGGAAAUCGAGGAGCCUGAAUGCAAAGUCGACAUCGAUUGUUUAGACAAGUUGGUGUGCAUUCGGGAGAAAUGCAUCGAUCCUUGCCCGGUCAUAAAACCAUGUCUCGAAAACGCUCGUUGUGAUGUUCUCGAUACGGUACCCGUAAGGACCAUGAUUUGCACCUGUCCUGAGGGUUGGAUCACCGAUAUCGACGGUGUUUGCAGGCCAAUACAAUUGACAGUCAUUGGAACGUGUACGACGAACGACGAUUGCAGUGAUCGUGAGACGUGUAUUAACAGGCAAUGUCGCAAUCCCUGCAAUUGCGGUACUAAUGCGGCUUGCUAUGUAAAGAAUCAUAAACCAAUCUGCUCGUGCGAGCAGGGCUAUCAGGGCAAUCCCGAGAUCGCCUGUCAUUCCGUCGAGUGCCAGCACGACAGUCAGUGCACGCUCGAUAAGACUUGCAAGAAUAAUAACUGUGUGAACCCAUGCUUGGUCACAGAUCUAUGCGGUACCAACGCCGAGUGCUUCCCGAACAAUCACGUAGCCGACUGUCGUUGCCGUAAGGGCUAUCAUGGUAAUCCCUUGGAUCGCUGCCGCGUGAUCGGUUGCUUUAGUAACGGCGACUGUCCAGGCGAUCACUCGUGCAUCAACAUGCAAUGUAUCGAUCCUUGCAUCCAUGACAAUCCCUGCUCGCCUCGUGCGGAAUGUAAAGUCCUAAAUCACUUGCCGAUAUGCCGCUGUCCAUCGGGCUUCACCGGAAAUCCGUACAUCAAUUGCCAACCAGAAGUUAGACCUGAGUGCAGAGAGGACAGUGACUGUCCGGAUUCACUUGCUUGUUUGAAUAACAAAUGCCAGAUUCCAUGCCCGAUCAUACAACCAUGCACUGAGCCAUCUGAGUGUCGGGUUCUACCGACGCAUCCGAUACGUACCAUGGUAUGCGUAUGCCCUAGCGGAUACGUCAGCAGCGGCAGUGGUACUUGUCAGGCUACCACACCGAUUCUCAAAAUCGAAUGUACCAAGGAUGAUGAUUGUCCUUCGGAACGCUCCUGCGUGAACGCGAUUUGUAAGGAUCCUUGCGCGUGCGGACCUAACGCGGUUUGCAAUGUCAUCAAUCAUAAGCCGAUAUGUUCGUGCACGCUAGGAUAUGACGGAAAUCCGGAUAUUCUUUGUACAAGAGUUGCAGGAUGCAAAACGGACAACGAUUGCAGCGGUUCACACGUGUGUGUCCAACGCAAUUGCGUACCAGCGUGCUCGCCAUCCUUGACCUCUUGCGGCAAGAACGCCGUAUGUCACGGCAUCCAUCAUAAGGCUAUCUGCGAGUGUCCACCAGGUUUUGGUGGCAAUCCGCGGGUCUCCUGCGUCCUGUUAGGAUGCAGGACUAAUUCCGAUUGUCCUACCAAUAAGGCUUGUAUUAAUAAUCGCUGUGAAAAUCCCUGUGUACAGAAUCCAUGCACUGGUAAUAUGGACUGCAAUGUUUAUAAUCACAUUGUGGAAUGUGUGUGUCCAUCUGGUUACAUCGGCGACAUUAAGUCAGGCUGUACUAAGGUUAAGGAAAAGUGCAAAGCAGACAAUGAAUGUCCUUCCCAAACUGCAUGCUUCAACGGACAGUGCAUUAAUCCGUGCACUAAGAUCGCACCGUGCGGUAUUAACGCUGAAUGCAAAGUUCUGGAUACCAGCCCAAUCAGGACCAUGAUAUGCGAAUGUCUCCCAGGGUAUCGUGGAAACGCGAUUAUCCGCUGUGAUCAAAUUCCAGCGGAAAUCUGCCCAAUCGGGAAAGGACAGAUUCGCGAUGAAUACGGCAAUUGCAUCUGCCCGCCUGGAUUCGGUAAGGACGCAAACGACGUCUGCAUACCUUGUCGCAAACAAUCUAAUAUGGUGAUAAACGAAGAAGGCUAUUGCGUGUGCGACUUAGAAAAGGGUUUCAGCAUAGAUGAAUAUGGUCGUUGUGUUUGUCCGACGCGAUAUGGAUAUGAAAUAGAUACCAAAGGAUAUUGUAGACAAAUUGGUGUAAUCGAGUGCAGACAUAAUGACGACUGCGCCGACGACAGAUACUGCGAUAAAGUCACUCAUACUUGCCAAGAUCCUUGUAAGAAGCAACAAUGUGGCGUGCACGCACUUUGUAACGCUACCAGGCAUCAAGCUAUCUGUAUCUGCGUUAAUGGCUAUUUGGGCAAUCCAUACACUCAAUGCUACGACAGAAAGGAUGGUCGAACAGAUUUCCCUAGACCGGAAAUGGAUGUAAGUUGUCUAUCAGAUGGAGUACAAGUCGUAAUACAUUUGCAAGAUCAAGACUUCGACGGGGUCUUGUACGUUAAAGGUCGUAGCAAAGAUGAACAAUGCAGACGAGUUGUCUCGAUACCGGCCGAAACUGAUCAUAAAACCGAAACGUUUAAAGUUGCAUUUGGCAAUUGCGGACUCAUACAUGUGAAUGGACAAGCUAGCUUUGUACUCGUUAUACAGAAACAUCCAAAAUUGAUGACUUACAAGGCACAAGCUUAUCAUAUUAAAUGUAUAUAUCAAACUGGAGAACAAAAUGUUACCCUUGGUUUUAACGUCUCCAUGCUGACGACUGCUGGAACAAUCGCUAACACUGGUCCACCUCCUAUAUGCGUAAUGAAAAUAGUUGCACAGAAUGGAAAUGAAAUUAAUUCUGCCGAAAUUGGAGAUAAUUUAAUGCUUCAAGUGGAAGUUCAACCUUCAACUAUUUACGGUGGAUUUGCGCGAAAUUGCGUCGCUAAAACGAUGGAAGAUAAUUUAGAGAACGAGUACAUCGUAACGGAUGAAAAUGGCUGUGCGACAGAUCCCACGAUAUUCGGAGAAUGGGAGCAAAAUCCUGAUACUCAAUCAUUAAUGGCUAGUUUUAAUGCAUUCAAGUUCCCUAGCAGUGACAAUAUAAGAUUUCAGUGCAAUAUACGCGUGUGCUUCGGACGCUGUCAACCUGUAAACUGUCGCGGUUAUAAUGCCUUUGGCCGUCGUCGUAGAGACGUUGAUUCCGAGAUUAACGAUACAUCUCUAAGUGUAUCCGAUGGAUAUGAAGGUCAACUUCGUGAAGAAAUAACUAUUCAAUCGAACUUAAUAUUCACUCUGGAAAGGAGAGAGGAGAGGUACACAGCAGAUCCAGCUGAAGCUCCUUCAGCACAAAGAGUGGAAGAUAUCUGUGUUUCUAUGGUCGGCUUUAUCAUAGCGUUAAUAAUUACGGCACUUUUGGCGUUGGUUGCCGUAGCUAUUGCUGUGUCAUGCUGGCUUAUGGCGUAUCGACGUCAGCCAAAGACUGCUGGACCACUGCCACACCCACCAGAGUUCCCAAAUCCCUUGUUCACUACGGAAUCUGUAGCUGAACCUUCUCCUGACUAUCACUUAUCAUAAGUUCGUUAGAAUAAUAUUUUAUAAAUAACGUACAUUUUUUAUAAUUCUCGUGGAAUGCAUUUCAGACCAUUCGUCCUAUUGGUCGGUUUUGUAUUUCGGUGUACAACUCCUCCAGUGACUAUCACUUCUCUUUGUACUCUCUUUUCAAGGGUUCAAACAAUAAGUCACUGUUAUACAUUACGAGUCAUGAUAUAUACAUACUAUUUAUGGUGAUGGGUUCGCUUCCAUUAUCUACUUGCGAGUAAAAACACGGGACUAUCUUUUCUUCGUGUAUCUUUCCUGUAUUAUUUUCUCUAGUCAGUGGAGGAUUUGUUAAAUAUAAUGCUGCGAAUUUUUAAUUCCUGUGUAAAGUCAACGAAUUAGUCUAAUAUAGCUUUCUUAUGACGAAAAUAGGUAAUUGUACAUUUUCUCUAAUAAAUCGCUAACGAAAUAUUUUUAAAAA